AAAAUACAUAUAGGUACAUCCCAAGAGUGUCCGUGGAGCUUGAAGGAUUCCGGCCCUGGCCUACUGAUAAUAUGCGACUAUAAUAAUAUCCAAAAAGGAAGAGAAAAAAAGAGUUGGAACUCGGAUUGAAACUCUGCGGCUGAUGGAAUACGUACACAAUUAUAUGCAGCAUAUGCAGUGUACACUUGCCCCAUAUGAUUCAUAUAAUAAGUAUACAAUAUAAAUUGCCUUUAGAGGUUAGUCCAGCUUAUGUUUCGUCCGCAAUUGUAUGUAGUUUUGUUAUAUGCAAUUAGCUACUGUAGAGGCUGUAUAUGCUCGAUGACCGAUGCCGACAUCAGUUGACAAUAUUGAAAUCAAACAAAAUAUACAAGUCCGACUUUAAUGUGUCGAUUAAACUAAGCAUAACCUUACUCGAAACUAUAACAAAAAUAUCGUUUUGGAGAUUAGCAGCGAUUUAUAAGCUGCUACAUAUUCAGCCAAAAUGUCAGAAACAACACAAGAAUCCUCUUCCAAUGAGAAUGCCGAGGCGGAUGCUAUUUCUGAAGAAGAUCGCAAAUUUUUUCAAGAUUACCUCAAAGAAACAGAGCAGCGACUUGCAGCUAAGGAAGAAAUACGAGCGGGAAAUGUCAAUGUAAUACGACCACCUGACUCUCACUUUAGUAAACUGGACUCUAGUCUUAAAAGAAAUACAACAUUUGUCAAGAAAUUGAAGACAUUUAGUGGUACUCAAUUGGAUAUGUUUUUGAAGGACAUGGUUAAUUUAAAUCUCACCAAAUAUGUCAGCGAAGUUGCAACAGCGCUGGUAGAUGCCAAACUCAAAAUGACAGACGUCGCUCCUGCAAUAAAAGCCUGCAGUGUCCUGCAUCAAACAUACGCCGAGUUUUCCACACAUUUUUUUGAGAAUUGGCAAAAAAUUCUGUCCUUCAAGGUAGGCGAUAAAAUUACCAACCCUAGUAAGCUUAGGAUAGAUUUGAGGUUUUAUGCGGAGCUUAUAAACGCUGGUAUUUUCACGCAUAAACAAGGACUUCCUCUUCUGGGCUCAGUGUUGACAGUUUUAAUUAACAUGGACAAAGAGGAGCACAACAAUGCCAGCAUAAUCUUGAGUUUUUGCCGUCACUGUGGAGAAGAUUAUGCUGGUCUUGUGCCGAAAAGAAUUAGGGAACUAUCGGAAAAGUUAAAUAUAGCCUUACCAAAGAGUAAGCUCCUCACUCCAGAUAAGCAGCAAAAUGUCAAAUCAUUAUUACGGGACUACUACAACUCUCUUUGCAAGCACUUGUUCAAGGAGCACAAGGAGCUGCAAGCAUUCGAGAAACAGAAUAGGAAAAUCUUACAAACAAGGGGAGAAUUGAGCAGCGAAAGAAAGGAGAAACUCGAAGCUCUUCAACUUUCGUACGAGCGUUUGCUGAGCAGCGUUCAAAGCUUUUCUGACACCUUGGAUGAGCCCAUGCCUGAGCUGCCAGUGGACAACGAAGUGAAGACGGAGACGGAAGAGUCUCUGAAAAUGAUAAGCGAGGGAGAGGAGAACAGCAUCAUGGAAGACAUGUGGGGCGACGAGGAGACGCGAAGGUUCUACGAAGUUUUGACAGACUUGUCGGUCUUUCUGCCAGGUUCCUAUGCGAAGGAGCCGCCAAAGCAAGAGAAAGCCGAUGCCGCCAUUACGGAGGAAGUCCUGGACGAAGAUCUGACGUUCGAGGAGCUGGAGGAAGUAGAGAAGCCGGCUGAAGAGGUCGAGGCGGAGGUCGAGGAGCCGCAGGUCAGCAACAUCAGCAACAAAAUCCUGCUGGACGCGUUCCUGAGCCACCUACCGAACUGCGUGAACCGCGAGAUGAUCGACAACGCGGCCGUGGACUUUCUCAUGAAUCUCAACACCAAGCACAACAAGAGAAAGCUGAUCAAGGCGCUGUUCGGGGUGUCGCGGAUUCGGCUGGAUCUGUUACCGUUCUACUCGAGGCUGGCGGCGAUCCUGCAGCCGGUGAUGCCCGAGGUGGGCAACGAGCUCUGCCUGAUGCUCAAGCACGACUUCAAGUACCACGUGCACAAAAAGGACCAGAUCAACAUCGAGUCCAAGAUCAAGGUGGUGCGCUACAUCGGCGAGCUGGUCAAGUUCAAGCUCUACUCCAAGAUCGAGGCGCUCUACUGCCUGAAGGUGCUGCUGCACGACUUCACGCACCACCACAUCGAGAUGGCGUGCAACCUGCUCGAGACCUGCGGCCGCUUCCUCUUCUGCUCGGCGGACUCGCACCAGCGCACCAAGGUCUACCUCGAGCAGAUGAUGCGGAAGAAGGCGGUGACGGCCCUCGACUCGCGCUACGUCACGAUAAUCGAGAACGCCUACUACUUCGUCAACCCGCCGGAGAGCACGGGCAACGUCGCCAGGAAGGACCGGCCGCCCGUCCACGAGUUCAUCCGCAAGCUGCUCUACCAGGAGCUCUCCAAGACCAACACCGACAAGGUCCUCAAGUGGAUGCGCAAGCUCGACUGGGAGGACGAGGCGCUCGCGAGCUACGCCAUCAAGUGCCUCACCGCGGCGCACAACGUCAAGUACCUCAACAUCCGCUGCGUGGGCAGCCUCCUGGCUGGGCUGGUCGCCCACUACGAGGCGGUCGGGCCCCUCGUCGUCGACGGCGUCCUCGAGGACAUCCGGCUCUGCAUGGAGAUCAACCUGCCCAAGUACAACCAGCGGCGCAUCGCCAUGGUCAAGUACCUCGGCGAGCUCUACAACUACCGCAUGGUCGAGAGCGCCGACAUCUUCCGCACGCUCUACCUGCUCAUCACCUUCGGCGUGAGCACCGAGCACGCGGCGGCGCCCAGUCCGCUCGACCCGCCCGAGCACCUCUUCCGCAUCCGGCUCGUCUGCACGCUCCUCGAGACCUGCGGCCAGUACUUCAGCGGCGGCUCGAGCAAGAAGCGCCUCGACUACUUCCUCGUCUUCUUCCAGCACUACUACUGCUUCAAGCGCGCCGACCCCGUCUGGAGCCAGUCGUCGGACAAUCCCUUUCCCGUGGGCAUCGACUACAUGUUCCGCGACACUCUCGCCAUGCUCAGGCCCAAGAUGCGGCUCUUCGAGAGCCUCAAGGAGGCGCAGGUGGCCGUCGAGGAGUUGCGCGCCACGCUCUAUCCGAACCUGUGCAGCUCGAGCGAGUUGGCCGCAACUGCCGAGCACCAGGAGGAGCCCGAGGGCGGCCCCGGCGACAUGAGCAGCAUCCCCGAGCUCCCCGAGGACGAGCUCGCGACCGACAAGCCGGCGGAGCAUCUGCACUUCGAGGAGGACCUGUCGGAGGCCCAGUCCGAGGAGGAGGACUGGACGAACGAGGCCAACGAGCGCGACGAGCGCGACGAGCGCGACGAGCGCGACGAGCGCUUGCAGGGCACGCAAGACAACGAUAAUACCCAGGGCGAGCAGAGCCUCUCCGAGGGCUGCUGCCCCAACGGCGCCGGCGGUGGCGUGCUCAUGGACACUUCCGAGCUCGUCGCAGCUCUACCCGCGGCACCCAAGCGGCUCCACUGUCCCGAGGACGACGACUUCCUUUCGGCCCUCGACAAGAUGGUGUCGGAUAACAUCCAGGACCGAAUGCGCGACGCAGUCAAGCCCCAGCAGGUCGAUAUCUCGGUACCGCUCCACGUCAAGAGCACCAAGAAGACGUAUGAGCAGCUCCAGGAAGGGCCCUCCGACAGCUCCACCAUGGACUUUGUACUCAUGCUGCGCAAAGGCAACAAGCAGCAGUACAAGAACCUCGCGGUGCCCGUAUCCUCGGAACUCGCGAUGAACCUCCGCAAUCGCGAGCAGGAGCAGAAGGAAGAGAAGGAGCGAGUUAAACGGCUAACGCUCAACAUCACCGAGCGACAAGAGGAGGAGGACUACCAGGAGGCCAUCAAUCAGGGCACCAGGCCCGUCACUGUCAACCUCAACCGUGAGAGGCGGCAGAAGUACAAUCAUCCCAAAGGGGCCCCCGAUGCUGAUCUCAUAUUCGGACCCAAGAAAAUUCGGUAGACCAUGUUGUCCGCUGCUUAUAGAUCAUCUCUCCUGAACAAAAUAAUGACUGUCCAAUCUAAUUCGUUCUUGCUACCAAAAACUAACGCUUUGUGCGUUGUUGUUAUUACAUAUGCUCUCGAGAGUCAUUGAUUUUUCCAGCCGUGCUUACGUAUGUAGACAUCUUGUAUCUUCUAAUUCAUUACUGAAUACAUACAUACAUACAUAUAUUAUAUUUAUACACGAAUUUGACGCUUCACGCUAAUUUUUGCGCGUUCGGUGUAACACUCUUCGAUUUAUUUUUAUAUUCGAAUACAAAAAUUGUUUGGAAAGAAAAUCAAUCGUCAUCGUCCUACAGUUACUUAAAUAUAUAUUUUUUAAAAAUAUUUGAAAUACAUAAAUACUUGUAAAGUAACGAAAUGUUCAGUGAUUGUAUAAAAUUGAUAAAAAAAAAUAAUAAUAAUUUUUACAAUAUAAGCUUCUCUUGUAGUAUCAAUUAUAACGUUCAUGCAUUGAGCUAUAAUAGGAUUCUAGAAUAAUGUAGUGCUUUUGUAAAUACACAUUUUUAUAAUAGUACACUGGUCGUGUCCACGAAAUUCAUUAUUUGUCAAUGCGCUGCUGAUGUGUUAUUUAUAAAAUCAGAUAAAAAAAAGCUCUUUGACUGUCGCUAUUAAGUUUGUGAUAUUGCCAGAACGGCAACAGGUGAUUCUCAAAUUGUCGCCGCAAUUUAAUUUCAUUGUUUGCAAAGAAAUAAUAAUUUCUUAUGCUAUAAAUUCAUGCAAAUGCUUUCUUACAAAUUAUGGUGAGAACUAUAAAAAAUUUUGUAUAAAAAAUGAUUUUUUCUUUUACAAAUGAUGAAUAAAUAGACUAUACCGAUGUUUA